GAGCCUGCGUGACAUUUUCCAAAUAAAUAUGGCCGCCUCCAGUGUCCGUGGAGUUUCAAGAGUUUUAGAAAAAUUAGAAAAUUCAGUUAAAAAUGGAAACUAUUACGAAGCCCAUCAGAUGUACAGAACUUUGUAUUUUAGGUACUUGGCUCAGAAAAAAUACAAAGAAACUUUGGAUAUGUUGUACAAUGGAUCACUACUGUUCUUAGAGCACGAUCAGCAAAUUAGUGGUGCAGAUUUAGCAAUACUAUUAGUUGAUGUUCUAGUCAAAUCUGAAGAAAAAGACUAUGACGGGUGGACGCCUAAACUCUGUAAGAUAUUUUCAAGCAUAAAUGCUUCAACUCCUGAAAGAGAAACCUUUCUGGCUCAAGCUUUACGUUGGUCUUCUAAUCACCGAAGUUUUGGACAUCCAUUUUUACAUCAAUGCAUAGCACAGGUUUAUUGGGACGAAAAGAAUUAUUAUCAAGCUCGCCACCAUUAUAUUUAUUCAAAAGAUGGGCUAGGUUGUGCAAAACUGUUAAUUGAAUUUCAAAGCACUCAGGGUUUUCAAUGUGAAGCUGAUUUAUUUAUUGCACAAGCUGUGUUCCAGUAUUUAUGCCUAAGUAAUAAAAUCACUGCUUACCAAACUUUCACAAGCUAUACAGAGCAACACCCUCGGAUAAAGAGAUCAGGACCCCCGUAUCUAUUGCCCCUACUUAAUUUCAUAUUCUUUUUACUUCAAGCUAUUGAAAGUCGUAAAUUACCAACAUUUGUUGUACUGUGUGAGCAGUAUGAACCGUCCAUUAAAAGGGAUCCUUGUUAUGUUGGUUAUUUGGAUAAAAUAGGUCAAAUUUUUUUUGGUUUGAAACCCCCACAGCAAAAACAGACUGGUUUGUUUGGAAAUUUCUUUGAGUCGUUCUUGCGAGGUUUAGAUGACAGUGAUGAAGAAACAUCACAGGCAUCAACAUCAAAUCUCCCAGAUAUGAUGCACUCUGAACUAGACUAGUAAUUAUUGAUUUUAAAAAUUUGUCUGGGGAUUUUUUUAGUGUUUUUUAUAUGAUGAAACACGUACAUUAUUUGGUAAGUUAUUUAAAUUGUGCUGCAGAUUAUCGGACUACAUACUUACAAUCAAAUUGUAUUUUGUUAACUUUUUAAGUUUCUACAUUUCAAAAAUCACAUUGUAAAUGGCUCUUUAUUAUAUUAUUAUACUUAUUAUGUAAUAUAACUAAUUGCAAUUAUUACAAAAUUUAUUAGGUUGGAUAUCUUGAAAAAUCACUUUUUAUCAAUUUGGGACUGAAGUUAGAGAGUGUCAAUUUCAGUGUAUCAUGUAAUCAUAACACUUUUUUUUUUGAGAUAUCUCGCCCUCUUUGUUAUGCGUUAGUUUAUUUUUCCUUUUUAAUAUUAUUUAAAUGCUUGUAAAAUAAAUUUUAUCAGUUUGAA